GCGUAAUUGUAUUUAUUUACAAACACUAAUUAAAUAUUAAUAAAACAACUAAGUAGUUCAAGAAAAUGUUAUUUUAUUGUUAUCCAUUGCCCAAUUGGAUAUACAUAAUUGUUUGACAUGAAUGGAUGUGUACACUCGAAUACUGCAGUUCUCUAGAUUAGUGAAAAUUUUGCCUCCCAUGACUAUUGGUACCAGAAGUGCUGUGAACUUAUCUUUUAAAAUCGUAAGCGGUCCCGAUAAUGAACCACCAGACGAAAAACCUCCGCUUAUAAUCUGCCACGGUUUACUGGGAACGAAAGAAAAUUGGAAAUAUUUAGGGAAAACUAUUCACGCUGUGACAAAAAGGGUAGUUGUGCGGAUAGACUUGAGGAACCACGGGCUCAGCCCGCAGACCAAGUCGCAUAAGUACGAUGAACAGGCUGAAGACGUUCUGCAACUUAUGGACAAACUGGUGUUGGACAAAGCCAGUCUUAUAGGACACAACAUGGGUGCCAGGACAGCAAUGUCAGUCGCUUUGAUGAAGCCGUCGGCAGUAGCCAGUCUAAUUGUGUUAGACAUGUCACCCGCAACAACAAGCGCGGAAUUUACCACACUCUUCCCAAAUAUCAUGAAAGCGAUGACCGAAGUACAAUGGAACGAAAAACGCAAAGUCCACAAAGCUAGAAAGGAGAUCAAAGAACAGUUGAAAAGUAUCAUUACCAAUGAAAUCAUUAUGGGGAAUGUGUUAUCCAAUAUCAACAUUAAACAAGAUGGCACUAUAGGGUGGACGUGCAAUCUAGAAACGCUAAUUAGACAUUUUAAAUAUAUUUCGUCGUUUCCAUUCAGUUUAGACAAAGGCAAGAAGUAUUUCGGACCAGCUUUGUUCAUAGGCGGACAGUUAUCUGAGUAUAUUCCUGCCGACGACCUACCGAGAAUCAGAGAGCUCUUCCCCCAAGCCGUAGUGAAGUUCGUUCCCGGCGCCGGCCACUUUGUCCACAAGGAUGAACCCAAGGCCGUGCUGGAGCUCGUCAUUAGCUUUCUAAAUCAUCACAAUAAUAACUAAGCUU